UAUUGAUAUUGUAUAUCUUCCAAAUGAGUUAAAGUGUCUUCAGUGGAAGUGUUACCCCUUCAAAUCUUUAUCACUAAAUUUUAAUCCAAAGAAUCUUGUAGUGUUGAAUUUAUCAGGGGGCAAUAUGGAACAACUUUGGAAUGAAGAUUUUCAGGAUCUUGUUAAUUUAAGGGAAAUCAACGUUUCUUUUUGCGUGAAGUUAAGGAAGAUCCCUAAUCUAUUAGGAGCCAUCAACCUCGAAAUCCUUGACUGUAAGUGUUGUACAAGUUUGGUCGAACUUCCUGAACUCCCAAAGAUGUUGAAUCACUUAGAUUUAUCGUUAACUAAAAUAGAAGUGCCUGAUUCAAUUGAGCAUCUGGACAGACUUGAAACAUUGUAUUUGAGACGUUUUCCAAUUGUCAAAUUCCCAAAAAUUCCAAGAAAGGUAUAUCUCUUAGACUUAUCUGAAACUCAAAUUUUAGAAGUGUCCUUUUCUUCAGAGCCUUCAAAUAAUCUUCAACAGUUGAAGAUGACAAAUUCCAAGAGCCUCAAACUACUCUCAGAGCUUCCAUCAAACCUGAAGUACUUGGAUACACAUGGUUGCAUAUCAUUAGAAAGUGUAUCUUUCGCUGAUCGAAAUUUCUAUUCUUUUGAUGAUGAAAGAGACUACACAAUGAUAUUCUCUAAUUGCUUCAGCUUGAAUCAAGAUUCAGUUGAUAACAUCGAGACAAAUGCCAUGCUUCAAAUUCAAUUCCUAGCGGAGAAAUGGGCAUCAAGAUAUGAUCAUGAGUUCUCGAUUAAUCCCGAACCAAAUUUGUUUUAUUGUUUUCCGGGAAACAAAAUUUCAGCAGAUAGAUUUGAGUAUCAUAGCAUGAAUUCUUCAUUAAGUUUGAAGAUAGCCACAAGGGGGAGUAGUGGGAGAAGAUUAUUAGUUUUUGCUAUAUGUCUUGUGGUCGAUCUCACUGACUGCGAUAGCUUUGGAAAUCUUAAAUUUAUCUGUGAAUAUCAACCGUUAGUCGCCAAUGGUAAUGAUGGUGACGGUGGUUUUAAAAAGUUCAAAAGUAAAUUAUUUUUCAGGGAAAUUGAUUGGAAGAUUUAUGAGAGCAAGGGUGAUCAUGUUUUCAUUCUAUGUGGGAAGGAUAUGGUUAAAGAAGACCAGAAUUAUGUGGAGGCAUCGUUUCAAUUCUACAUCAAACAUCUCUCAUUCAUUAAGAAUAAAGAAAAACAUAUCAAAGUGAAGAAAUGUGGAGUUCAUGUAAUUUACGUGGAUGCAGAGAGUUACACCAUUACUGAUGUUAUGAGAUAUGAUAAAUCCAACCUCAAUUUUGAUUCUCAAGGAGAUGCUAAUACUAUGGAACCCCAUCACCAUUCAGCUACAGAAACAAGCACAAGGAGAUCAAAGCGGCACAGGGUCACAGGGCAUUGAUCAUGUUGUUGCUGGCACUAGCAUCCAUGUAGUUGGUCCUGAUGAUGAUGAUGUGGAAGAUCUCGAAGAAGAUAUGCAAUCAG